AAUGGGAGAAGUGACAGGACAGGAGACACUAUUUAAAACACACAGGGCUGUGGCUCUGGCAGCAUCAGUGCUGUAACCUUCCUGCCUCAGUGGAUUCUAUCAUUUUUAGCACUGUAGGAGGAAGAGGGAAGGACAAGAUGUUUCCUCUGUGUAUUUUGGUGGUGUUGCUGUGUCUUCAGUGUGGAGGGGUCUACAAUGCCUUUCAUAUAAUGGACAUGCUGGACCUUCAGGUGGAGUUAGGGGAGUCUGCAACCUUGCCCUGCAACGGCUCCGCCUUCCUAGAGGAGGAAGGGAGUGUCCAGUGGGAGGCGAUGGGGAAGGAUGUGGCAAUUCUGCGGGGAGGCGAGCCAGGGCUGGGCGACAAAUUUAAGUCCCAUAAUUCCUUCCAAGACCGGGUCCAGUUGCCCUCAGAAGAGCAGCUCAGGGAAGGAGACUGGUCUGUGGUCCUCCAGAACACGGUGUUUAGUGACUCUAAUGUGUACGAGUGCAUUUUGGAAGGAAGAAAAACCAUAUCAACAGUAUGGCUCACAGUCACAGUGCCCAAACUUGAGAAUAUCAUAGUGAAUGAGGGUAACGUGGCGAAGCUAUCAUGCUAUAUUCCGAUCUCCAGAAGCCAGUCCCUCGAAGGCCUGCACGUCUGGUGGACCAGGAAUGGCAGUACUAUAGGGUCAAUACAAGAUCAGAUUUCUGUGGUGGAUUAUUCAGAGGAUAUUCUUCGAAUGUCUAUACGGAGGGAUGAUAAAGUAGGAUUUGACGACAAAGUAGGAUUUCAUCUUAUGAUCCACACAGUGAUGAGUGACUCUGGAGCCUACGGCUGUUUGUAUAACACCAGGGAUUCUGACAAUCCCAGACCUGGGGAACCAGAGAGUAUCACAGUCAUUGUGCUGGAAACAAACCCAACAGAUACUGUUUUCCUGCCUGAUGAGACAACCACAGCAACAGAGGACUGGGUCAGUACAUCACUCUUGCCUGUAACAACUUUGAGAGAAGAGGUGAAUGAGGUUGAAACCACUGAAACCCCACUUGAUCCCACUCCUGUUCUCCUGGAAGAUUCCACACAGCCAACAGAGGCCCUCCUUCUAGGCACCCCAGAGACAUCAGAGUCUCCCAAGUGGAACACUCUCCCGUGGGUUCGGAUUGGACUCAUCGCUGGAGUCUUGCUGGUCACGGUGGUGGUCCUGUGCAUUCUGGGAGCUCUACAGAAAAUUUAAAAUCUAAAGCAGGACACAUGGAUUCCCACUUCUGCGAUUCAGCGGACCUACGUACUCAAAAGGAUUUGGGUCGGCCUCUGGCUGGGUGCACAAAGAAGAGCUUCCCUGUUUGAAGAGAGGGAUUCCUGUGGUUGGCCUCACCACAGGCAAUCUGAAAGAAGACAAUGAACUGUGAAUGUGGACAAUAUUCAAGCUGUUAACAAGUGCAUAUGGUUCAGAUUUCUCCAAUAAUUCUGUAAACAGCCUUCAGUGUAAGGAAACAGCACCUGUAGGCAAGCCAUAUGUCCAUCGCUGAGAGUGUUUGUUGGUGUGAAAAUAUUUGUGAUAUUGGCAGGAGGACCCAAGUGCAGAUGACUGCUGGCCCAUUGAUGCACUGCAUCAUGGUUAUAUUUGAUAUAUUUUGCUAAAAAAGCUAUACAUGAAUUUGUGGAUGGGACCUUGAACUGCCGGCUGACAAUGCCAUUGCCUAUAUGUACAGGCUUGGGGAGUAACAGAUCACAUGUAACUUACUUACGUAAUCAGAAUACCAAAGAAAGUUAACUGAUUACAGUCAGGAAAAAUGGGGAUUAUUACCAGGAAAACUAUUUUAGAAUAUAUUAUUAUUAUUAUUAUUAUUAUUAGUUUAUCUUUAAAAAUAAACUGAGCAAGGACCCAUUUUUUAUGCUAAAAAUCUAGUUUUCAAUUUUCUUUUUCAAGUUACAUCUUACAGAAUACACUUACAUCUACUUUUUAUAAAAUUUAAAAUUUCUUUUCUAUUGUUUUUAUUUGAAUGUUUGCUGUUGAGGUAAUCCAUAAGCAAUGAAAAGUAAUCACCUUACUUUCAUAUUGUGAUAAUUGGAUUACCGUAAUUUCCGGACUAUAAACCGUUACUUUUUCAACACGCUUUGAACCCUGCGGCUUUAAACAAUGAUGCGGCUAAUCUAUAGAUUUUUACGGGCUAACGUCCUCCAGGAGGCGCUUUAGCAGGAAGCGCAAGAGUGAGACAGACAGGUGGAAGAGAUAAUGCGCCGAGGAAGACGCUAGUUUGAUUGUGUUUAGAAUUAAUUCAGUCAUUUUGUGCAUCAUGCACACACCCUCAUCAUGGAAACCACAAGAAGAAAUGCACAUGAUGCAGCUUUUAAGUUAAAGGCAAUUGAUCUGGCUGUUGAAGAAGAGCUGCUGCACAUAAGCUUGGCAUCAAUGAAUCGAUGGUGAGACGUUGGAGACAGCAGCAUUUAUUUAAUUAAAAAAUCUUUCUGUGUACCAUCUUUCUGUGUAAAUAUCUCCUGUUACAAUGUGGACACCUGCGGCUUAUAGACAAGUGCGGCCUAUACAUGUACAAUUUUUUUUUUCUUUUUAAAUUUAG